ACUCUCCCCCGCGUUUUUUUCAAUCCAUUUUUCUUAAAUCUCUACACGGUGAAGUUAACUCUGCUUUUAAUGUUUAUCCAAGAGAUCUCAUUCUUUUUUACCACAUUUCACGAAUUUAGGGGCUUCGGAGAUUUUGUUGCGUGAAUUGCAAUUGGUUCCUUGUGAAGCAAUCGUAUAAAAGGCGGAGUGUUCGGUGGAUCUUGGUGGCCUUGUUGUAUCGUCCUUGCUUCAAUCAGAAGAUUGGAGCCUGUCUACUUUAGUUGGUAAAUAGGUGGGUUAUUAAUGGUCUGACGUCUGUCUUCACAGAAUCACAGAUCUAGAGUUCCGCAUUAUUUUCAGAUCUGUGAUCGGGUUUCUGUUGGUUUUACAAUCUGCGUCGAUUUUUGGCAAUGGCUGCCAAUGGUAUUGAAAACAAUUCUUCGCAUCAAACCGCUUCAAGGCCACCUCCCAUGCCAUCUCCUUUGCGCAGUUCCAAAUUUUGUCAGCCUAAAUUGCGAAUUUUGGUGACUGGCGGGGCUGGAUUUAUUGGCUCUCACCUUGUAGAUAAACUGAUGGAAAAUGAUAAAAAUGAGGUAAUUGUUGCUGAUAAUUUCUUCACUGGUUCAAAGGACAAUCUUAGAAAAUGGAUUGGUCAUCCAAACUUUGAGCUUAUCCGACAUGACGUCACAGAACCUCUAUUAGUAGAAGUUGAUCAAAUAUACCAUCUCGCAUGCCCAGCCUCUCCAAUUUUUUACAAAUACAACCCUGUAAAGACUAUAAAGACGAACGUGAUUGGAACAUUGAAUAUGCUAGGACUUGCCAAGCGGGUCGGAGCAAGGAUAUUGCUUACAUCAACUUCGGAAGUGUAUGGUGAUCCUCUUGAGCAUCCUCAAAAAGAAGAGUACUGGGGUAACGUCAAUCCAAUUGGUGUUAGAAGUUGCUAUGAUGAGGGGAAACGUGUUGCUGAGACUUUGAUGUUUGAUUACCACAGGCAACAUGGCAUUGAAAUUCGUAUUGCGAGGAUCUUCAACACUUAUGGCCCUAGAAUGAACAUUGAUGAUGGCCGUGUUGUCAGCAAUUUCAUAGCUCAAGCUCUUAGGGGUGAGCCAUUAACAGUGCAAGCUCCAGGGACACAAACACGAAGCUUCUGCUAUGUGUCAGACAUGGUUGAUGGACUUAUACGACUUAUGGAAGGAGAACAUACUGGGCCGAUUAACCUUGGCAAUCCAGGUGAGUUCACAAUGUUGGAGCUUGCUGAAACGGUGAAGGAGUUGAUUGAUCCGUCAACCAAAGUGAAGAUUGUCGAGAACACACCGGACGACCCUCGUCAGCGGAAGCCGGACAUCACGAAGGCAACAACCUUGCUUGGUUGGGAGCCCACUGUUAAACUGCGGGAGGGUCUUCCGCUAAUGGAAGAGGAUUUCAGGCAAAGGCUCUCAAUCCCCAAAAAAUGAUGGCAAGGUUCUGGCUGUGGGGAUUCUUACUUUUUAGUGCAUGGGCCAGCAAAAGCUAGGGUUUGAGAUUUCAGAAGGAUGCAAUCUGCAUUCUCAUGUCAUGGAUUUGGGUCAUUUUAAUUCACGUGCUGCUCAAAAUUUUGAUGUAUGGAAUAAUAGACUCGUUAUUCCUUUUCCGAUAAGGUUUUUAAAUAGGCGUGCUUGGAAUGUACGCAGACAUAUAUUCCCAAUUUAUGCCUUUCCGCUUA